GUGGUGAUAACCAUGGGCAAGGUGGUAACUAUCAUGGGCAUGUUGGACAAGCUGGCCAAGAAUAUCAACCACAUGGGAAUACACGACAACAGGAUGGUCCCCAUGGUUACCAACCUAGCUCCACCUAUAGGGAACCCGCCCAAACACAAAAUCAUGAAAAUUACGAGUUGAGAUCCCAAAACUAUAACCAACCCCCUGAUUAUAAUCCACCUCGUGUCAGAUUCAGCCCCCCGUCCCCUAAGGGAGGUACUGAUCUUUCAGAUCUGCCCCCGCCCCCUCCUCCUGAUGCGUAUGCUAACCCUACACACAGUCAAUUCGUCAUGUAUGAAAAUGCUUCAAAUGUCACAAAAAUCCCUAUAGGCAAUUACCCUUAUUAGUUGAAUGAUAAGGAUCCUUUCCCGCAACCUGGAAAACGCCCAAAUGCCCUGGAACCCAUUCAAGGUCAAAGAACCCUGACACCUA